CCCAGUCUCCUGUCUCCACUCUCUCCCAUUUUCAAUUCCGUGAUCAACGGAAACCAUUUCGUCUCCAAUUUCCUUUCUCUUUCACUCCCAAGUCUCAGACAAUAACACAAGAUCUCACUUCCAAAAAUCCCACCUUUCUUCUCUCUCUCCAAUUUUUUCACAAUGCCCACUAAAACACCUAACUUCAAUCUCUUCAAAUUCUCUCUCCUCCUCCUUCUUCUGCUCUUAAACCCACUCCACUCUCUCUCCUCCGAUGAUGAUGAUCAUUCCACCGACGAUGACAUUUCCGAAAUUGAAGAACUUUUAGCAGUUGACGAACAAGAAGAACUUGAAAGACCAACUUCAUCUUCAUCUUCUGAAGCCAAUGUUUUAAGUAGAGCUCAAAGAAUUGUAGUAGAAUUAAACAAUGAUAAUACCCAGAAACUCAUUGAUCAAAAUCACUUUGUUUUAAUUCUGGGUUAUACUCCUUGGUGUCCUAGAAGUGCUGAAUUAAUGCCUCAAUUUGCUGAAGCUGCUAACUUGUUGAAUGAAUUGAAUUCUCCUCUUUUAAUGGCGAAAAUUGAUGCUGAGAGAUACCCUAAAACGGCGUCGUCUUUGGAUAUUAAGGGUUAUCCUACUCUUCUUCUUUUUACUAAUGGGGUUUCUCAGCCUUAUACUGGUGGAUUUACAGCGGAGGAUAUUGUGAUUUGGGCGAGGAAGAAGACGGGUGAGCCAGUUGUUAGAUUGAAUUCAGUUGCUGAAGCUGAGGCAUUUGCUAAGAAGUAUAGUAUCUUUGUUGUUGGGUUGUUUGAGAAAUUUGAGGGUCCACAGUAUGAAGAAUUUGUCAAGGCUGCAAUUUUGGACAGUGAAAUGCAGUUUGUUGAAACCAAUUCUUAUGAGGUUGCAAAAACUCUUUUCCCUGAUAUCAAGUCUACAAGACCUGCUGUUGGUCUUGUCAAGAGUGAACCAGAAAGAUACACCAGUUUCGAAGAGCCCCUAGAGAACGAAAAAUUAUUGCAGUUUUUGCAACAUAACAAGUUUCCAUUAGUUACAACUCUAACUGAGCUGAAUUCUGUGAAAGUCUACUCCAGCGAAAUUAAACUUCAGGUUUAUGUGUUUACAGAAUCUGACAAGUUCAAGUCCCUUCUUCCGAUACUUCAAGAAGUUGCCCAAAAAUUUAAGUCGAAGAUAAUGCUCAUAUAUGUGGACAUUACCGAGGAGAAUUUGGCUAAACCUUUCUUGACCCUGCUGGGACUAGAAGAUUCUCAGCAAACUGUUGUUGCUGCUUUUGAUAGCAAGAUCAGCACAAAGUAUAUGUUGGAAGCAGAACCAACUCCUACAAAUUUAGAAGAGUUCUGCUCCGGGCUGUUGCAUGGGACUGUUCCAAUGUUCUUUAAGUCACAGGGUAUACCAGAUAAUGAAAACACUACUGUCCAGAUUGUCGUGGGGAAGACAUUUGAUGACCUGGUCCUCAGCAACUCCAAGAAUGUUUUUCUUGAGGUCUUUACACCAUGGUGCAUGACUUGUGAUGCUGUGAGCAAGCAAGUAGAAAAAUUGGCGAAACAUUUCAGAGGGUUGGAAAAUCUAAGCUUUGCAAGGAUAGAUGCUUCCGCAAAUGAGCAUCCCAAACUUCAGGUCACGGACUACCCGACACUACUGUUUUAUCCAGCAGCGGAUAAAUCAAAUCCAAUUACGUUGCCUGCGAAGUCCAGUUUGAAGGAUUUGGGAGCAUUCAUCAAGAAAAAUGUUAAAGCUGAAGAACAUGCAAAUAAAGAUGAAUUGUAGAAUGUAGUAUGCAGAAUGCCUUCUUUCGUUAAAUAGUAUACUAGUGUUUACAUUGCCAAAUAUCUUAACUUCAGCGGCAAUUACAACACAAAAUCACUAGUAUAAGAAGAGGCUUAGAAAACUUGUGUAGAUUAACUUUAUGAAAACAAUUUUGUAAUAGAAACCACAGUAAUUUUAGACUGAUUUUUUGAGAGGGAAAAAGAUGAUGAAUCCUGAUCCAAUGGAAAAUGGUCCAUCUUUCCUUACAUUUGUAAGUGUGAACUACUCGGAAGAAUUUAUGUGAAGCCCAUAUCAAGUAAACUUACCAAA